AUGGCUGUUGGAACCGUCCUCGUCACUGGCGGCACUGGCUACAUCGGCUCAUUCACCACCCUCACUCUCCUUGAGAACGGAUACGAUGUCGUCAUCGUCGACAACCUGUACAACUCGUCCAAGGUGGCCCUCGACCGCAUCGAACUCAUCUGCGGUCGUCGCCCCGAAUUCUAUGAGGUUGACGUGACGGACGAGAAGGGUCUCGAUGAGGUCUUCCAGAAGCACCCCGCCAUUGACUCUGUCAUUCACUUUGCUGCUCUCAAGGCCGUUGGUGAGUCUGGCGAGAUCCCUCUCGAGUACUACCGCGUCAACGUCGGCGGCAGCAUUGCCCUCCUCCGCUCCAUGGAGCGCAACAAUGUCACCAACAUUGUCUUCUCCUCGUCGGCCACCGUCUACGGAGACGCCACCCGCUUCCCCAACAUGAUACCCAUCCCCGAGAACUGCCCCAUCGGCGCCACCAACACCUACGGCCGCACCAAGUCCAUCAUCGAGGACGUCAUCAACGACCAGGUCAACGCCCAGCGCACCAAGCUCCAGAAGGCCGGCAAGCCCUUUGACCAGUGGAAUGGUGCCCUGCUCCGCUACUUCAACCCCUGCGGUGCCCACCCCUCUGGCAUCAUGGGCGAGGACCCUCAGGGUGUCCCCUACAACCUCCUGCCCCUACUCGGCAAGGUCGCCACUGGUGACCGUGACAAGCUUCUCGUCUUUGGCGAUGACUACGACUCCCACGACGGUACCGCCAUUCGCGACUACAUCCACGUCGUCGACCUGGCCAAGGGCCACCUUGCCGCCCUCAAGUUCCUCCGCGAGAACAAGCCCGGUGUCAAGGCCUGGAACCUGGGUUCCGGACGCGGCAGCACCGUCUUCGAGAUCAUCAAGGCCUUCAGCGCCGUCGUCGGCCGCGACAUGCCCUACGAGGUUGUCCCCCGCAGGCAAGGUGACGUGCUCAACCUGACGGCCAACCCGUCCCUGGCCAACGCGGAGCUCAAGUGGAAGGUCGAGCUGUCUAUGGAGAAGGCCUGCGAGGACCUGUGGCGUUGGGUAGACAACAACCCCCAGGGCUACCGCCAGGACCCCCCUGCCAGUAUUCUCGAUGCCCUCAAGAAGUCUUCUUAA